AUGGAUCUGCAACAAAGAGCAGAAAUGAGUCUCACACCUCAUGGCCAGCAAACCUCACAGAGUUUACCAGUGAGAACAGAUAGUCUGAAGCCACCUCCUGAAAUCAGGUUUGUGGGUAAUCUGGAAGAAGUGUGGAGAUCAUUUAAGCAAAGAUUUAGCCUGUAUAUGAAAGCAACAAACACAAGCACUUUGCCAAGUGAUCAGAAAGUAGCAUUGCUUUUAACUGUUGCUGGUGCAGAAGCUUUGGACAUAUAUAACAGCUUUCAAUUAUCUGAAACUGAUAGUGAGAACUAUGAAAUAGUUAUGGAAAGAUUUUCUGCAUAUUGUACACCAAAGAAAAAUGAGACAUAUGAACGUUUUGUGUUUAACUCCAGGGUUCAGCUACCACACGAGACAGUGGAGGAGUUUCUCACUGACCUCAAAUUAAAAAGCAGGUCUUGUAACUAUGGCACUCUGCAAGAAUCUUUAAUCAGAGAUAGGCUUGUGAUAGGCUGUUACAGUAAUAAAACACGUGAGAGGCUACUAAGGGAUUGUGAUUUGACUCUGCAAAAAGCUGUGUUCAUUUGUCAGUCUGCAGAGCAGUCCCGAAAACAACUAGGUGUCUUAUGUAAGCAAGACAGUCAGGACGUGGUUAAUGAUGUAAGAAAACACAGACCUACAUAUUCAAGAGGAUUGUCCACUCGACACCUGUCAGAGAGGAGACAGAGGAAUAAAGUGGAUAUACAAGAUGCAAAGCCCAGAGAUAUGUCAUGUGGGAAAUGUGGAAAAAAUCAUGAGCCUCGCAAUUGUCCAGCAUAUGGCCAGAAAUGUAGGAUCUGCAAAAAAUAUAAUCACUUUGCCUCACAGUGUAAGCAAGCUACACGACUACAUGCUGUUAAAACAUACACCUCUGACUCUAGUGAUGAAGAUAUUUUUGUGGACAUGGUCAAACAACUACCUAUGCCAGCUAAAGAAUGGAUUAUAGAGGUGGAAGCACAUGGUACACUGAUACCAUUUAAAGUAGAUACUGGAGCUGAUCCCAAUGUUAUUCCAGAGGCUCUAUGGAAAAAACUACAACCUAGACCUAAACUUCAGAAACAAACUAAAGUACUGAAGGCAUAUAAUGGACUUGACAUUCCAACUGUGGGUCAAUGCAUACUUACCCUACAGCAUAACUCUACAGUCACAAAACACCCGUUUGUUGUGGUUCCUGGAGAAAAGGUUCCUUUGCUUGGAUUACAGUCUAUACAACAGUUAGGACUGCUCACCAAGCUCUUUGAGAUUACAGAACUGAAACACAAGAGCAUUGCUACCUUACUUGUAAAGUAUAAGGAUGUUUUCAGUGGACUUGGAAAACUUCCCAUUAAAUAUAAAAUUGCCUUAAAGACUGGAGCAACGCCGGUGAUUCAUGCUCCUCGCAAAGUACCAGUAGCCCUACAAGACAAACUUAAAAAAGAGCUACAGCGCUUGAUAAAGAUGGAUGUCCUAGAACAGGUACAUGAACCAACGGAAUGGGUUCAUUCUUUGGUUAUUGUGGCUAAAAAGGAUGGUUCCCUAAGGUUGUGUCUGGACCCCAAAGAGUUAAAUGCGAGUAUUAAAAGGGAGCAUUACCAAAUUCCCACAAGAAAUGAAAUCCUAGGGGAGAUGGCAGGUGCCCAGCUGUUUACAGUUCUCGAUGCCUCCAAUGGUUUUUGGCAGGUCCCUCUGGAGAAAGGAAGCAGGCGCAUAUGUACUUUCAAUACACCUUUUGGAAGGCACUGUUUCAAGCGUCUUCCGUUUGGUCUGUGUUCAGCGCCCGAAAUAUUUCACCGAACUAUUCAACAACUGUUUGAUGGGGUAGAAGGUGUCAAAGUAUACAUUGAUGACAUUCUGAUUUGGGGUACUAAUGAAGCUGAGCAUAAUGAACGACUUGAGAAAGUACUACAGAUUGCACAUGAAAAGGGAUUAAAGUUAAACCAAACAAAGUGUAGAUUUCUUCAAUCAGAGAUUCUUUACCUGGGAGAGAUCAUCUCAAGUUCUGGAGUGAAGCCUGAUCCUACCAAGGUCAAGGCUAUUGAAAACAUGCCAAGUCCUGUAAACAAGAAAGAUUUACAAAGAUUCCUGGGAAUGGUAACCUACUUGGGUAAGUUCAUUGCCAAUCUAUCAGACAAAACUAAACACAUGAGAGGUUUACUAGUAAAAGGUGUUGAGUGGCACUGGGGAAAAGAGCAUGAGGCUGAAUUUGUAUUAUUAAAGGAAUUGCUAAUGACAGCUCCUACGCUACAGUUUUUUGAUGCCUCACUUAAAACAAAAAUCUCCACAGAUGCAUCGAAAGAUGGACUUGGUGCUGUUCUCUUACAAAAUGAUGGCACAGGGUGGAGGCCUAUUGCAUAUGCUGCCAGGGCUUUCACAGAAACUGAAUACAAGUAUGCCCAGAUAGAAAAAGAAACACUUGGCAUAGCAUUUGGCUGUGAAGCAUUUCACAAUUUUGUUUAUGGCACUUCCUUUACAAUUGAAACGGAUCAUAAACCCUUAAUCACAAUUUCUCACAAGGAAUUAUGGAAAGCUCCACCUAGAAUUCAGAGACUGCUGCUCAAGCUGCAAAAAUAUGACUAUACAUUGGAGUUCUCUCCUGGCAGACAUCUUUUAAUCGCAGAUACCCUGUCUAGAAUUUGGUCUGAACGAACCAGGUCUCCUGAUGAUGGCAUUGAUAAUGAUGUGGAUGUUCAUAUUAACAGCAUCGUGAUGUCUGGAGUGAUUUCACCAGUAAUGUGGAAAAAAUUGCAAAAGGCAACUGCAGAGGAUGAAACACUUCAAAAUGUGAUACAAGCCAUUCAUUUGACAGAUAAGAAAAUAAACAUGCCUAAACAAUACUUGGCACACAGGGACGAACUAUCAGUGCUUGACAAUGUACUAUUGAAAGGCAGGAGAUUGGUAAUUCCAGUUUCUCUCAGGCGUGACCUGCUACAAAAAAUACAUGAAGGACAUUUAGGGAUACAAAAAUGCAAGAGGAGAGCAAGGGAAGUUCUUUUCUGGCCUUCAAUGAUGAGUGAUAUAGCAGCCCUAGUCUCUUCAUGUCACACUUGUCAGUCAUUUCAGCCUGCCAGUCCAAAAGAACCUCUACUGCAAGAAGAUAUGGUAAAGAUUCCAUGGCAUACAGUGGGAGUGGAUUUGUUUUCACUUGAUGGACGUGAUUACCUAGCUCUGUUGGACUCCUACUCAUCAUACCCAGAGGUUGCCAAACUCAGGAAUACAUCAUCAGAGCAUGUAUGCAGCAAAUUACAAGCUAUAUUUUCACGGUUUGGCAUCCCUACAAUUAUAAAAACAGACAACGGACCACAGUUCUCAUGCAGGUAUUUUAAGGCAUUUUCUGAGGAGUUUGGAUUUCUUCACAAAACAUCAAGUCCCAAAUAUCCUCAAGGUAAUGGAUUAGCUGAGUGCGGUGUCAAAAUCCUUAAAAGAUUACUUAAAAAGGCUAGUCACUCAGGUGAAGAACCACAAGUAGCUUUGCUUAAUUAUCGAGCUACACCUUUGGAGGGGGGCAAAUCUCCUGCAGAAUUGUUUUUCGGGCGUCAGAUAAAGACAAAGCUACCACAAUUGAAUUUGACACAGUAUCAUUCUAACAGACACUUGCACACUUCCUACAUAGCAAAGAAGGAAGAAAUAAGGGAACGUCAGAAAAGAAACUAUGACAAAAGUGCAAAGAAUGUACAAAUGCUGCACACUGGGGACACUGUAAAGAUCUGGACAGGUCAACGUUGGAUGAAUAAAGCUAUAGUUCUGCGUCAAGUCUCAGACCGGUCCUUUGAAGUAAAGACAAAUAACGGAGUGAUUUUGAGACGUAAUCGGAAACAUUUAUUGAAGAUACCAAAUCAUUGUCUGGACCGAACACAGUCACUGGAUAUGGAUUUGUUAAGCAAUGCCGAGGAUUCGGAAAACGAUUGUCCUGAAAUACAACAUGAGCAGAAUGUAAUUGAUCGUGAUCCAAUUUUUGGUGAUGAGUCAUCUUUUGAGGAUACUGACAAUGCAGAGGGCAUUCAUGCCCCAGAACAUUAUACAGGUGGAACUCUGCUGCAGUCUUCACAUGGGAACCAACAUACAUCAAGUGGCAGAGCGGUCAGAAGGCCACAUAGACUCAUUGAAGAAUGUUAACUGCAAACUGACCCUAAACUAAUUUCUACUUCAUUUGGCGUUAUACUCAGUUUAUGUGUUAUAUGUUGCUAGACAUGUCAGAAAAUGUAGACAUCUUGUUUUACAACAAUAGUUCUAUUAAUAAUUGUGAAUGUUUUUGUUGUUGUUGUUUUUGUUUAGAAAAGGAAGGAUGUGCUGAGCUGAGCCUUAUGAAUAUGCAUAAGGGUCAGACAACAGGAAGUGAGAUCAUCCCUCAGCAAGGGUCAGAACUGCAGACACUGAGAGUAGAGUACAAAAGCAAGCACAUAAGGUGUCAUGAUACAGAACUGGAAUAAAUAAAAGUUGACUUAACAGAA